AUGAAUCCUAUUCUGGACACCGAAGGCAUUCUACGGGUCGGAGGUAGACUACAGCAGGCUGAAUUCGUUUCAUUUGAUAUGAAACACCCAGUUAUUCUUCCGAAAGACCAUGCUAUAACCAACAUGCUAAUCCUGCAGUACCACGAAAAAUUUGGUCAUGCGAAUCGAGAGACCGUGUGCAAUGAACUGCGUCAGCGGUUCUAUAUCCCGAAGGUUCGACAGGCUGUAAAAAAAUGCAUGUGGUGUCGUGUCAACAGAUGUAAGCCACUAACUCCCAUGAUGGCGCCACUGCCAGUGCAACGAGUAUCUCCACAACUUCGUCCGUUUAGCUCUGUGGGUGUAGAUUAUCUAGGACCCAUCGAAGUGACUGUGGGCCGCCGAAGGGAAAAAAGAUGGGUGGCUCUUUUCACUUGUCUAGCGGUGCGUGCUGUACAUUUAGAAGUAGUUCACAAUCUAAAUACUCAAGCGUGCUUAAUGGCGGUUCGGAGAUUCGUCUGUAAAAGAGGUGCGCCAAACGAAUUCUUCUCUGACAAUGGCACCAAUUUUAAAGGAGCCAGUAACGAAUUGGCAAAGAUGAAGCAGAUCGACCAAAAUUGUGCAGAAGGCUUCACGAGCUCCACAUUGAAAUGGAAUUUCAUUCCUCCAAGUACGCCGCACAUGGGCGGUGUCUGGGAGCGAAUGGUGCGAUCGGUAAAGGAGGCAUUGAAGGUACUGAACGAUGGUCAGAAACUCACUGACGAGAUAUUGCUAACGUCUUUAGCCGAAGCAGAGGACGCAAUCAACACUCGUCCCCUGGUCUACUUACCACAAGAUGCGGAAGAGAUCGUAGCCAUAACACCAAACCAUUUUCUUCGUGGUGCUACUAAGGAUGCGGAUUUGUCGGUAGAUGGUUCAGCAGAUUUUGCAGAAGCCUUGCGGAACACUUACAAACGGUCACAGUAUAUAGCUGAAAAAAUGUGGCAACGCUGGUGUAGAGAAUACUUGCCGACCAUCAACAGUCGUUCCAAAUGGGUUGUCGAUCAGCGACAGAUACAGGUACGGGACUUAGUGUUCGUCGUUAACGAUAGACAACAAAGGAACUGGAUUCGAGGAAUCGUCGAGGAGUUGUUCAAAGGCAGAGGCGCUAGAAAUCGACAGGUGAGUGUCCGAACAUCUCAAGGCGUUAAUUAG